ACGUGCUCUGAGUGCGGAAAAAGCUUCAGUCGGAGCUCACACCUUAUCAGACAUCAGAGAAUCCAGACAGGAGAGACGCCCUACACGUGCUCUAAGUGCGGGAAAAGCUUCAGUCAGAGCUCUUCCCUUAUCACACAUCAGAGAAUCCACACAGGAGAGAGGCCCUACACAUGCUCCAAGUGUGGGAAAAGGUUCAGUUGGGGCGCAUACCUUAUCAGACAUCAGAGAAUCCACACAGGAGAGAGGCCCUACACAUGCUCCGAGUGUGGAAAAAGCUUCAAUCGGAGCUCAAACCUUAUCGUACAUCAGAGAAUCCACACAGGAGAGAAGCCCUACACUUGCACUGAGUGCGGGAAAAGCUUCAAUCGGAGCUCUGCCCUGAGCACACAUAGGAGAAUCCACACCGGUGAAAAACCAUAUGGACGCUCUGAGUGCGGGAAAAGCUUCAAUCACAGCUCUGCCCUGAGCACACAUCAGAGAAUCCACAUGGGCCAGAACUGUAAUAAAUCCCUUGACUAGGGCUGGCCAAAGGGUAUGUCUACACUACGGGAUUAAUCCGAAUUUACAGAAUUUGAAUUUUGGAAACCGAUUGUAUAAAG